AGACGAGGGUAUUCCUGCCCAUUAUAGAGCAGCUUCCGGUGCAGCCUGGAUGUUGACUUCCUGCUUCAACAUCCUGACGCCGUGCUGAGCCGAAAGCUAAGCGAGCUCCGGAGGAGUCAGGAGGAAUUCCAGCAUUUGCUGUGGUAACCUCAUCAGCCCGCCAAGAUGGCGAUGCAGGCGGCCAAGAGAGCGAACAUUCGACUUCCACCUGAAGUAAAUCGGAUUUUAUAUAUAAGAAAUUUGCCUUACAAAAUCACAGCUGAAGAAAUGUAUGAUAUAUUUGGGAAAUAUGGACCUAUUCGUCAAAUCAGAGUGGGGAACACACCUGAAACUAGAGGAACCGCUUAUGUGGUGUAUGAGGACAUCUUCGAUGCCAAGAAUGCAUGUGAUCACCUGUCAGGAUUCAAUGUUUGUAACAGAUACCUCGUGGUUUUGUACUAUAAUGCCAACAGGGCAUUUCAGAAGAUGGACACGAAGAAAAAGGAAGAACAGUUUAAGCUUCUCAAGGAGAAAUAUGGCAUCAACACAGAUCCACCAAAGUAAACAUUUUCUGCAUUUUAUUUUGGACUGAAACUCUGUGAAUCACCACCACUACCCUUUUUAGUUUUUAGUUAAUACUGAAUACUGCAAUUUCUUAUUUGAGGUUAAAAAUGACCUACUUGAACUUUGAUACAUGUUAGAAUAAAUUGUUAGUAAACUUGUAGCUUUUUGUAAAACA